GCUGCAGGAUGAGCUCGGAGCAUGGCCAGCAGCCACAGCCGGGGGGCCGAAGGGGCCGUGGUGAUAAGAAGUCCAGAAGGCGAGGCCGGCGCAAGGAAACCUACUCAGUGUAUAUCUACAAGGUGCUGAAGCAGGUGCACCCAGACAUCGGCAUCUCUUCCAAGGCCAUGAGCAUCAUGAACUCGUUUGUGAAUGAUGUGUUCGAACGUCUGGCUGGCGAGGCUGCCCGGCUGGCCCAGUACUCCGGCCGAACCACACUGACCUCCCGGGAAGUCCAGACGGCCGUGCGCCUGCUGCUGCCCGGGGAGCUGGCCAAGCACGCCGUGUCCGAGGGCACCAAGGCCGUCACCAAGUACACCAGCUCCAAGUGUCCCGGGGCCGAGCGUUUAAUAAAGAGAACUUUCAUCAUUGGAUUGUGA